CUCAUACUUUCCCACUCGUCCAUUUCUAUUCCACCUUCAAGAGAAAAAAACAUGGCAUUUCCCAAAGCCAAGGAAAUCGUUGAUUCAAACCCCGUCGUCAUCUUUAGCAAAACAUACUGUUCUUACUGCUCGACUGUGAAGAAACUGCUGACGGAGCUCGGAGCUUCCUUCAAGGUCAUUGAACUCAAUGUUGAAGCUCUGUGCUUUCUUCAAUCGCUUUAUUUUGUUUAGAAAAAAGCAAAAAGAAUCAUUGCAAAAUUAGUGUUUUAAGGUCCAGAUUCGUGAAGAUAAUUCCUGAUUAUAUUGGGACUUAAUUUGAAUGAGAUCCUUCAUGAUAUGUGUCUUCCAUGUAUUUAUCCUAAAAUAUUUAAUUUUAGUGAUUCAUAUAGCAGCAUACCAAAAUAUACAUUCAAAGAUAUUUUAUGUGAUCUAACUUGUAAUACUAUUUUACUUACUUUUGUUUUCUAUUUUUUGAUAUUUUAUAUAUUUAUUUUACAUUAGUAAAUAUAUUUGUAUGAUAUGAAAUCUGUUUUGAUAUCUAUGACUAUAUAAUAUGCUUACCAUUCUGACAGCUUCUUAGAAAAUAAUCAUACUAUAAGAUUGUUGUUAAUUCUGGCCCAGAAGAUAAAUCUUAACCAAUAACCAAACCGAGGUUCGAUAACUGCUAACCGAUUGUGUAGAAUAUGAGCUCAGUUCUGGUUAUGAAGAUCUGUUGGGCUCGGUUAUCAGUUCUAAUCGAUAACCUUGUUCUUGUUUCCAAUUUCAAUGAUUUGUCUACUAUAUUUGGCUCCAAAUCAUGUUUCCGUUCCACUUUCAAUGAAUACUGCAUUACUGACACACGGAAUGCAGAUGAUGGAAGUGAAAUGCAAUCCGGUCUGGCUGAAUGGACCGGGCAGCGCUCCGUCCCGAAUGUGUUCAUUGGUGGCAAACACAUAGGCGGCUGUGAUGCAACCACCGCGCUGCAUAGUGCUGGAAAGCUUGUUCCGUUACUGACUGAAGCCGGAGCAGUUGCCAAAGCUGAUACCUCAGGAGGUGCCAAAGCUUCUAUCUAGACUACUACCAAUUAUGCUCCUUACUUGCAAAUGUUAUGAUACUCUACACCUCACAAUCUUAUGUUACUUGUACUGAAUUAAGAAUUAUGAUUGUGCCGUACUUGCACAUGUUAUGAUACUCAAGAUUUGAUUUGAUCAAUGAUAAAAAGGUGCAGCAUGUUCCCUUUUCA